AUAUUUUUUUUUUAUAUUAUUAUCAAUGUUUGUCAUCAUUGAUAUAAAAUCUUUUUUUUAUAUAUUCAAUUCAUAUUUAUUUUUAUUGUUAUUGGAAUAUUUACAACUACCGAUAUUAUAUAAGAGAUUAUGAGAAAUAAUUUAUUGCACUUACUUUGAUUACGAAUUGAAAUCGAUAUAUGUUUUAUGUAUAAUAUAUAUAUAAGUUACAUCGCAUGACUCUUGUAUACCACGUAAUGUAUUAAGUUACAUUGAUACAUCUCAAUUGAUCUUGAGGUUUGUCAAUAUUCAACAGUUAUAUACCCAAUAUAUAUAUAUAUAUGUAUAGAUAUAAAUAUAGAUAAUUAUUUACUUAUAAGAAAUAAAACAAAAAAAUAAAAUAUAAUAUAAUAAAUAUAUUGUAAAAUGUAUUUUAGAUAAGAAUAAAAUAAUUUAUAAAGUAAAAAGGAAGAAGAAUAAAGAUUUUCAAAGAAAAUGCACAAAUUUAAAAUUUAUCCUAAACGCGAUAAAACCGGUAUUCCUACUGGAAUUCAGGAUGGAAGGGAUCACUAUAUAAAUAAUACCUACCAUAGUUUAUGUUUAUUUUUGUAUAAAAUCAGAAAAAAAACUAUUUGUUUUCUUUUUAUUACAUACUUCGGUGGAUUUUAAAUAAUUUGAAAAUAAGUUAAAUAAAAAUUGAUUAUUACAAAAAAAUUGAAAAAAAUUUGAGAAUUAAUUAAAAAAUGAGUUCAAAUAUAUUGAUAAAGUUGUGUGGAACUAGAUUCUUAAAAAAUGUUGUUUUCGAUCAAAAACCAAAGUGGAUCACCGUUGGCAGAAGUUUUAGCAUCACAAUGUCACGUGUCAUACUGAAGGAAUCGCCGAAUGCGGCCUUAGACAAAACCUUGUUAAAUAAAUACCUCGACCUGCCUCAACCGGAAAAUAAAAUUCAAGCGAAAUACAUCUGGAUUGAUGGUACCGGUGAAAGCUUGCGAAGCAAGACUAGGACGGUAGAUUUUGUACCAAAACAUCCAUCAGAUUUACCAAUAUGGACCUUCGAUGGUAGUUCAACUUACCAAGCAGAUGGCGCAAACAGCGAUAUUUUUCUAUGUCCGGUGGCAAUUUACAAUGACCCCUUUCGUCGUGGAAAUAACAAAUUAGUAUUAUGCGAUACCUACUACAGUGACAUGACUCCGACUACAUCUAACAAACGUUCCAAAUGCAAUCAGGCUAUGGAAGCUAUUAAAGAUGAAGAUCCAUGGUUUGGAAUUGAACAAGAAUAUACUUUCCUUGAUUUUGACGGUAGACCACUUGGUUGGCCAAAAAAUGGUUUCCCUAGGCCUCAAGGACCUUACUAUUGUGGUGUAGGCGCCGACAAAGUAAUUGGUCGCGAAAUCGUCGAGGCUCAUUAUCGAGCUUGCCUUUAUGCUGGCGUAAAAAUUGCCGGUACUAAUGCAGAAGUUAUGCCUUCACAAUGGGAAUUCCAAGUUGGUCCAUGUAGCGGAAUAUCUGCUGGGGAUGACUUAUGGAUUGCUAGAUUUAUUCUUCAUCGUGUAGCUGAGGAAUUUGGUGUGAUUGUUAGUUUAGACCCGAAAAUUAUGGAUGGUUCGUGGAAUGGUGCAGGUGCACAUACAAAUUUCUCGACAAAAUCGAUGCGUGCCGAAAAUGGCAUUGCCGAAAUUGAGAAAGCAAUUGAUAAGUUGAGCAAACAACAUCUAAGGCACAUUCAAGCAUAUGACCCACGCGGAGGAAAAGACAAUGAGCGACGUCUGACUGGAAAAUGCGAGACCAGUAGUAUAUACGACUUCAGUGCUGGUGUGGCCAAUCGUAAUGUUAGUAUUCGCAUCCCUCGUGGAGUUGCUGAAGAAAAGAAAGGCUAUUUGGAAGACAGAAGACCUAGCAGUAAUUGCGAUCCUUACUCGGUGUGUCAUGCUUUGGUGCGCACUUGUGUCCUAAAUGAAUAAAAAAACUUCAAAUUAUUUUCAAACAGGCAGCGGAAAGGAGAAAUUGGACGAAAAAUUUUGUAGUGCAAUAGUGAUCGUAUCUUCGUGAAGCAUAUUCUAUAAACAUGUAUAAAAUUAUUUCUAAAAUUAAAAAUGUAAAAAAAAAAAAGAGGAUAAAUGCGAGCGAAAUAUUUGAUAGAAACAUAAAUUUACUUUUUCUUCUUUUUUUUUAAUGUAUUUUGCAAAAUUUUUGCAAAUCAAACGAUUUAUAGUUUUUAUUUAAUAUGUUUAAAGAAUAUAAUAAGAUCGUUAAAAUUAUAUAUGUAUACAUUAAAUAUUAAGAGAAAGUUAUUUUUCGAUUAUUUUCCGUGCACAGAAUGUUUAAUGCUUUUUACAGUUAUUUAAUUAUAGCAUCACAAUAAGGUGAAUUUCAUUUGUUAUAUCGUUUAAUAUUAAUAUUGCAUAAAUAUUUUGAAAUCAGAAUGAUUCAUCAACUAUUGUUCAUAAAUCUUGGUGCUCAUAAGAAGAAAAUAGAGAAGAAAAUAUGUAUAUCAAAUAUGAAUAUGUAUACUAUACUUCAAUGAUAUAUUGCAUUUUUUGGAACAAAUUUUGCGAUCAGUUCAUAUGCAAUAAAUCAUCUGAUUGUUUCCUUCCUGAGUGCUAUGAUUUAAAAUAUUAGGAUAACAGAUUUUAAGGAUAGACGCGAUAAUCUUAUGAAAGUAGUAUAAAACUGAAUACAUUUAAUCUUCCGCAUCUCUUUUGUUUUUUAAUACAUUUGAAAAUGUAUAUUUGGUUAAAAUACUACAGUGAUGUGAAAAGAUUUAUAUACUGUUUAUAAAAUUUAUCAUUUAAACGAAUAUUAUUACAGAAUAAAGUAAAAUAAACAUAUAACGCUUAAUAUUACAUUAAACAUUAUGUUUUAAUAAAAUAUACGUAUUUUUUGAAUAAAUAUAAAUAUCUUUUGGUACCUGAAAUGUUAGAAUGAGUGCCAUCGAUUAUAUAUUGCUAUAAUGAUAUAUUAUAUUUUAUAAAGGCACAACAAAUUGGAAAGUUCAAUAAACACGUCCUUUAUCACAUUUAUCGUUUGAAUUAUUACUCGCGUAUUGCGAAAACGAUAAUAAAUAUUAAUUAUUAUGUUAUUAUAAAUACGUAUAUAUAUAUAUAUGAAAAAAACGAAAGUCGAUAUAGGUGUGUAUUUUCAUAUUUGUAUGGUAUAUUUUCAUAUUUGUAUUUUCUAUGCUGACUUCUUCAAUGUAAUUAUAUACCAUGACCAUUGUUGACAAUUUUGUUGGUAGUGGUUAUCAUUAUUGUUGUUAUAAUAAUAAAAAAUAACAUUUUUGAUGAAUAA